CUGCUGAGGUUUCCGUCCUGGAAGAAGAAUGUGCAGUGAAGUUUUGCAGCUUUUGUAGCCUUAAAGUUGAAGUGGAACUCAAAGGUGCACGGUCCGACUCUCUCUCUCUCUCUCUCUCUCACACACACACUUGAAGAGAGAGGACAAAGAGAGAGAGAGAGGGAAUAAUAAUGCAGCCUGAGUGCGGGUUCUGCAGCCUUACUGCUGUUUCAUGCCACAGGAAUGAGAAUGAUGAUGUGGCCAUGAAGAAGAAAUGAUCACAACCAAGCACAGACCUGCGUGAACACCAAACUGCUGGACCUGCUUUUGAGAUGGGUCUGGGAGCAGGGAUGAAGCUGAAAGUGAAGCAGCGCUACAUUGUGGUCUUUCUGUCUCUCCUCACCCUGUCAGUAGUGAUGAUAAACACAUAUUCACCUUUACCCUGUGAACAGAAAUGUUUGCUGUCAGAAGGGCCUCACCAUAACCAGCCCAGUGAGGCAGAAGCGAAGAACUUGAAACAUCAAGUACCUCAAAACACACGUAACGGAUCUUGGAAGCUUUCUAAAAUAAAAGCUUUAAAAAGGCACACACUAUUCAUUGAUCAGCACCGAUACAGGCGCAGUAAAAUACAGGGAAAUGCCAAUUUUUUAACCAGAAAUGAUGCAAAUACAACAUUUGUGACACUAAAACAAGUGAUUUAUCAAAGCAGAAAUAAGAAUUCCACCCAAACAUAUAUGGCCAAAACAAAGGAACAGUUUUCCAACCAACGCGGCAAUGUCACUGAUUCCAAACAUGCCAGCCAUCUUCUUGUUCCCAGACAUGAGCAAACCAUACCCCGGUCUGCCAGUAUACAUUCCCUCCACCCAGACAUUAAGCCACGCAGGCACAAAUGCACUCCAGAUGGGCCUAAACCAGAGGAGAUGAAGUGGAAAGCUAGUGUAGGGUUGUCUCCAGAACUGGGGUUGUCCCCAAAAGGAACCAAAACAUAUGAAGGACAAGCAAAGUUCUCUGAGAAGAAGCAGUACCACUCUGGUGUUGAAAACAACCAUGUCUCGGGAGAAGGGUCUGAGGGGAGGGACUUCAUGCCUAGCUGGUGUGAGACUUUGCAUGAAGUUUGGGACCAAACCAGAAUUGAGUCUUUGCCCUGGUUCAGUGAAGAUGAUGUUAAAAAAAUAAAUCUGCUUGCCAGAGGCACUGUGUUGAGUAAAGCCAGAAUUCCAGGCCAUGGCCAAGUUCUUCAAGUAGGACUUGGUGUUUGCAACGAAAACAAUGCUCCGCUAACGGGAGACCAUAACAGUCGCUGCCAGCUCGGACAGUGUGCCCUGAUCAAGCGUCCCAGUGAUUGGUUUGAGGUUCUUGCGUUUCAUUUGGACAGGGUUUUGGGUUUGAACCGCAGUCUUCCAACCGUUCUAAGGAGCUUUCAUAGUGAUCUUUUGCCAUAUAAAUAUACCAGUGGUGCUGGCAGACCUGUGGUGUGGUGGGAUCCAGAUAUUCAUCAUCUAGCUGAUGAUGAUAAUGACCAGAACUCCUUUUCCCUCACCUGGCCCCAGUAUCAGGAUCUGCUAAAGGCAAGAUGUGGAAUGCGAUUGCCUCUAAACUCAUCAGUGUGUGUAGGUGUGCACCAUUCAGAGUGGGCAAGACUGGCGCUGUUUGACUUCCUGCUACAGGUGAAUGACAGACUGGACCGGUACUGCUGUGGGUUCCAGCCUGACCCUGCUGAUAUGUGUGUGGAAAACCUUCUCAAUGUCAAAUGUGCAAACCCUAAAGAUUUAAUGCUGGUGCAUAUUCUGGUUCGGAGGACAGAUUCCUCUAGACUAGUCUUUAUAGAUAAUGCAGGCCGGCCCAAUCACCCACAGGACAACCUCAACUUCAGACUGAUUGAGGGCAUUGAUGAGUUUCCAGAGAGAGCCAUGUCAGUGCUGAGGUCUGGCUGUCUGGAGCAGCUGCUCCUGCGCUCGCUGUCUGUGGAUAAGGAGCUGUGGGAGAGUCAAGGAGGAGCACCAGGCCUCAGAGCCAUCAUCCACACUCUCCAGCAAAGAGCUGAAAUCCUGCUGCAGCACAUACAGAACAAGAGAGUAAACAGUGAUCUGUAAAAAUACAGUACUGUGCAAAAGACUUGAGCCACCACACAUUUCAUCAUGUUAAAGUAAAGAAAUGGGAGUAUGCUUUUGCUGUGACAGGCUGCAAAGUGCCUGAAUAUACAAUUUAAAAACUGGUUGUUUAUGUAACAAUCUCAGCAGCAACCUCAUUUCCUCUCUCGUCUGUUCAAACCACUCAGUAUUCAGCAUCACCAGUAUACUAAUCACCUGCCUGAUCAUCUGCCAUCAUCUGCACCUGUUUCUCACUGGUACAAGAGCUUUGCACAGUGCUGCAUAUCUUUUUUUUUUUUUAAGAAUUUAUGCUAAACAAUAGGCAGGUAAAAUGUGGUCAUUUUUAAAGUUUUUUUAAUGUAUAUAUUAAUGAUUAAUUUGUGAUAUGCAGUAUGAAGCUGCUGCUUCAUUGUGUGUCUAAUAAUCUGUGCUAUAGUUAUUUUGCAUUGUUGAACAAGGCUUGGUGCAGUGCACUUAUAAGAAAGUACUUCAUGUAAUAUUCAUGUUGACCAUUCUCAAAAAUUAAUUUGGGAUGUGUUUAUUAAAGAUAGACCUUUUCACUAUCAUAAAAAAGUUCUCUAAAAAGAAAAAUGAGCAAGCUAACCUAAAAGUAUAAAAGGCAUCAGAUUUUAUAUAUAGGUAUAGAAUUUUAGGUAUAAAAUCUUGUGAGGCAGAAGUUUUGCAAAAGUGAAUUUUGUGUGCUUAGAAUUAGAGAAAUCCCCUUAUGCACUAGAGUGCAAAGAUAUAAUAUAAUCAACUGUGUUGAUUUGAUCAGUUCUGACAAUCGAGAUCUCUGUAUAUUCUAUUACAAAUUGAAGCUAUUUUUCACAAAAAUAAUGUAAUAAUUUAUUGUAAGAGUACAUGACACUUAAAAACUGUAAUGACUGACUUUUUUCCAGGUCACUAAGAGAUUACAAUUAAUGCUGUGUGUUAGGAACAUAUAUAAACACAUGUCAAGUUAAUGGAGAAAAUUUAGUGUAAAUUUUAGAUGUAUAUACAGGUCAGGCAUCAUAUGAUAAGCAUCAUAUACUGUAAGUACUUAGUUGCAUAAGUCUAAAUGAUCAAAGGUUUUUGUGCCAUGUACUCGGACUUGCCGUAUAUGGCUUGCCAUUGAAAGAUGCAGAAAUGCUGCUGGGUGAAAAAGCAUGUCAAAGAAAAGAAAUACUGCGUCAGCAUUCUGCUAAAAAGGGAUUUAACCCAUUCAGAUGUACAGCUUUGCUUGGUUGAACCAUUUGCAAAGAUAGUUGGGUGCUAAAGAGCUAAAUGAUUAUUCAGCGUUUUAGCUGACGUAUGAGACUGGUUUCUGGUUUAAGCAAACAUUAAACCUAAAUUCUGUUAUUAACAUGGGAAAUUUUUGUUUCUGUUUAUUUUUUAUUUUUCCUUUUCCCAGAAUGCUGUUGCAUGUGUGGUGUUUAACCUUGUACUUGAUAUAAUUGUUCAGGAGAACUGAAUUGAACUGAAUUUACUCACGUACUCACUCACUCACUCAUCGUCUAUACCGCUUUAUCCUGUAGACAGGCUCGCAGAGGGUCUGGAGUCUAUCACAGGAGACUUAGGGCAAAAGGCGGGGAACACCCCAACUCAUCACAGGACACAAUCUGAAUUCAAUUGAAUUAAUUUUCAUUUGGUCACUGGUCAGGUUUCUCUAUACAGCUUGCUUGUUGAUUUCAAAUCCUCCUAAGAACAUCUGGGCAAAAUAGUCACCAGAUGCAUUAAAACAGUGUUUAAGACUGACAUCACUAAGUAAAUCACAUAAAAACAAAUCAUUUAAUGAGCAAUAAAAGCUUAAUAAACAUGUGUGCCGUUGUUAACUAGUAAUAUUCAGAACUCAGCAAGGUUAAAAACUUAACCCAGGAGUUGAUUAAUUGAACUUAUUUUUCCUUUUUUUUUUUUUUUUUUUUGGUUUUUAAAUUAACACCAUUUAAAAUGCAUUCAUCUUGGUCAGAGUCAUGGUGGACCCCCGAGCCCAUCCUGGGAUCACUGUUUGCUGGAAUACUCCCUGAAUGGUUUAAUCAGUUUAAAUAGUGAUCUUAGUGUAAGAUUUAUCUUAUGCACAGAAUUCUACCUUUGAUUCAGCCUUUCACAUGUGCAUUGAGCAUGUUUCUAAUUGUAAGCCAAAAACUCUAGCGAAUGUUCUGCUUUUAAUCAAACUUGAAUGCAAUUCAACUAUGUACAUUCCUUUUAUUCUUAUGUCAAGAGUUCAUCGGAGUAUACAGAUGUUUAACACCUGGAAAUACGAGUGUUGGACUGAAUAAAACAGAUUUUAUUUAUCUUAAAA